CCGGCUCCCUUCGGAGCCUGCCUGUUUAACUCGCCGGAUGGAGGCCGACGGGAGGCCGCGGCCUCUAGAGCGGCGCUCGCCAUGAAGCACCGGCCGCCGCGCUAUGAGAGGAAUCAUCUCGUCAAAACCAAGCAAUUUGGAGCAGAUCACCUCCAGCCUGCUGCCAUGCAGCCCCACUCAAAUAAUCGCCACGGCGCGACAGGAAACAGCAAUGGUACCUCAGCCUCUCAGUGCACUCAUGGAGCAAGGUCACCAGGAGAAGGAUCAUGCCAGCAUGGAGGGGACAUCCACAUCCAGCUAAGCUCUGCUGGAGAGGCAGACUCCAGGCAGCACCUGCAGUCAGCUCAGAGCCAUUCUCACUCCCACAGUGAAGCUCGAGGGCCUCAAGAUGGCGGCUCAAAUUUGGAGGAGCAGAGUGGCAGCUCUCUCGAGCUCAGAUAUCUCCUCCACUGGCUAAACAAGAGUCUCCCGUACAUCUUGAUCCUGUCCAUCAAACUCCUCAUGCAGCACAUAUUGGGGCAUUUCUCUGGAGUUGGGCUGCUAAAAACUUAUAUGUAUGCAAACAAAAGGAUUGUAAAUCAGGUUUUCCUAAGAGAAAGGUGUUCCAGACUGGAGUGUGUUUGGUUAUUGGCAUUCCUAACAGGAUCCUCUCUCCUUCUGUAUUAUACGUUCUACCCUCAAUCUCUUCAUUACAGCUUGAUCCUUUUAAGUCCUACUGUGGAUUACACAAAUUUCUGGGAGGUACUUUGGAUCGUGGGGAUCACAGACUUCAUUCUGAAGUUUCUCUUCAUGGGCUUCAAAUGCAUCGUUCUCUUGCUGCCUUCUUUUAUCAUGUCUUUUAAGUCCAAGGGUUAUUGGUAUAUGCUCUUGGAAGAGCUCUGCCAGUACUACCGCAAGAUCGUCCCUGUGCCAGUCUGGUUCCGGUACUUUGUUGGCUUAAGGGAGCUGGACAGCCCAUUGGGGUGGAGUCUUGGAAUCUUGAUGGCCCUGCUCUACCUCAUCCUAAAGCUUUUGAGCUUCUUUGGACAUUUGAAAAAUUUCAGACGAGUCUUGCGGAUAUUUUAUGCACGACCAAACUUCGGCGUCGCAGCCAGCAAGAGGCAGUGUGCGGAAGUGGAAGACAUUUGCUCCAUCUGCCAAGCUGAAUUUCAGAAGCCUGUUCUUCUCAUCUGCCAGCACAUAUUUUGUGAAGAAUGCAUUGCUCUGUGGUUCAACAGAGAGAGAACGUGCCCCCUGUGCAGAACCAUUAUCUCGGACCACAUCAACAAGUGGAAAGAUGGGGCAACUUCCGCACAACUACAGGUCUAUUAAAAACCCUGUCGGACACAAGAACUACAGUUUGAAUGCUGGUCUUUACCGUUUAAGGGGGUUGGGUGGAAAGGAGGCAUUAGAAGAAAAAGGUACUCAGGGGGUUAAGUCUACAUACGUCCAUCUCUCAACUGCUGCAGGACUUCGAGUCCAUUCAGACAUAAAGCAACUUGCUUUUGCUUGAAAGCCUCUUUUUCAUGCUGAAGUCACCCUUCAGUUGCUGGUUGUGUGUAAAAUAUGCCAGAGCUCUGUUCUCCAACCUUGGUUCCCCUGGUGCCUUUGCACUAGAACGCCCAUCGUCCCUGACCAUUACUGGCAGGGGCUGCUGAGAGUUGUAGUCCAAUUUCAUCACGGGAACCAAAGCUGAAUAACGUUGGUUGAGAAGUCCUCAAAACUUUUGGCAAUAGCCUCAAAUUCAGUUCCAUGCAGAUGUCUAAACCAGCCUGUUACCAAAGCACGAAUAGGAUCAGUAUUGCACGUGAUAUGCUAAAAAUCCAGUUUGCACAAAUGUUGAGAUUCUAUAUGAGCUACCACUUUAUGCCACUUGGCUCCUGUAGAAGCUGCUGGUUCCUUAUCCCUCCUGCCAUUCCAGCAGUAGCUACUUAUAUUCAUGCAAGAAAGUCACGAAUGAAUUUUUUGCUUCAAUUAUGCACACAUAAUUUUUCUACUUUUGUAAGCCUGGAUUUUUAAAAAGCAAAAUCUUAUAUUUUGUCAAACAACUACAUUUUAUUACAAAGCGGAAGAGAUCUAUUUUAGUGAUACUUAAGACAACAACCUGUGGUAUUACCUAAAAAUUGGUGAGAAUAAAAGCAGUUUUAAUCCAUU